AUGUCCACAGCGGAGGAGGCGGAGGCGAUGUGGUUUGCCGCCCAGCGAGAAACGUAUGGCAACGAAAAUGAAGAAGAAGAGGACGAGGAGUUGCUGCGGGGUGUGCCGUGCGCUGACGACGUUGUUCCCAUGUAUAGAAACCCCGCCAUGCAACAACAGCCACAGUUGGUGGAUGCUGUCAAGGAAACCACAGGCAUGAGUGACGAUUUGUCGUGUGUGGAGCCGUCGUUGCAAGCGGCAGCGACGACGACGAUGGCAAGUGGCAUCUGCGUGUAUCCGCCGCUGUCGCGGGUGAGCUUCAUGAUGCGUGGCGACAACGGUGUGGUACGUUGGGUGACCGCAUCCGGACUGAAGGCGGAAACGGCCUCGCGGAAACGCGGAAGGGAAGACAGUGGGGAAAAAGAGGAAGAGGAGGAAGAAGAGAAGGAGUGGGUGAGGGACGUGCGGGAUUUGCGCAGACGACAUGGCGGCAGCGGUCUUGGGCAUGUGAACAUCCCUGCACUUUUGCAAGGACUUUACGAUGAGGCGGCGAAUGGCGACGAAAGCCGCGUGGUGCCGCCGACAACACCGACGCCAUUCCCACCCGAGCAGCGGGGGACGAAGAGGAGGGGGAGGGACGAGGAGGCGCUGUGGGUCAUGAAGUACAGCCCCAAACACUUUCGCGAGCUUCUCAGCGAUGACAACACCAAUCUCAAGCUGCUUCAAUGGCUGAAGAGCUGGGAUGCAUACAUCUUUCAGGACACACCUGCUACACGUAAUAAAGGCAAUAAUGAUGACGUUGGCGCAAUUGCUACGAAUAAUACUACAGCAGCAGCUAAUAACGAGACUUCUGCUCCUACGAGGCCUGAGGAACGUCUGGCUGUUUUGGUGGGUCCGCCAGGUGUUGGGAAAACGACACUGGCUCAUGUGCUUGCCGCGCAUUGCGGGUAUGAAACCGUCGAGAUUAACGCGAGUGUGGACCGCACCUCAUCGGCGAUGGAGCGGGCCAUACAACUCGCGGUAUCCCCAGCGCGUGGAAGACGACGUGCGCUGCCCUUAUCAUCAUUGUCAACUUCAUCUUCAAAUGUGGACGGCGCGUCCAAGGCGACAUUAAAGACAAGAGAGGCGGGUGUGUCGCUUGUAGACAUGCUGCUUCGCCCCAAGUGCCUUAUUAUUGACGAGAUGGAUGGCAUUGCCGCAAAUGUGGCUGCCUUUCUCCUUCAACAGGAUAUUCACUGCCCCGUGUUUUGUCUCUGCAAUGACUUUUAUGUGCCCUCGCUCCGAUCCCUGCGGCGGCAGUGCCAUCAUGUGUACUACUUUCCACCCAUUCGUCCACAGCGUUUGCUGUCUCGUUUGACUGAGAUUGCGGAGCUUGAGGGUUUGUCCGUGAGCAAGCCGGUUCUUGCCGAUUUAGUGCAGUCAAGCAACGGCGAUGUUCGAUGCUGCUUGAAUACACUGCAGUUCUUGUGCCGCCACACCUCACCGACUGGGGGAGAGCGGGAUCCUUUGCAGCUGAUGCGGGAGAUGCAGGGGAAGGACUCCAAGCUUGGGUUGUGGGACACAUGGAGGCUUUUUUUUGAACGCCAGGAACGCAGCAAGUACAUCCACCUCCUUCGCAAGGAGUACACCAUGGACUACGGGGCAACGGUGAUGGCGGGAAAUCAACACAAGCUGGCAGGAACGGAGAUGACGGGGAGGAAUGGAGGCUCCUUGCAUUCCACAGAGGAUCCAGCACAACGCCAGGAAGAGGAGCAUGUGGCUCUGGGGUUUCGUGUGGAUCCGGGUUAUGUUUACGUGUCUCGUGUGGCGCAGCAGUGCGCCGACACAAGCAUUCUCCUCGAUGGUCUUCAGGAGUUUUACGUGCAGCGGUCGUAUGCGGACUAUUCCUUCAAACAAACCCAACAUAUGGCGGAUGCCUUUUCGUUUCAGGACAAUCUUGCCACGCGUUCCUACCGCGAUGCUGCUUCCGCCGUACUCAUACCGUUUGUAGAGCAAUACGCUUGCACGACGGCAGCUGUCUGUUUUGUCUGCUGCAGUUCUUUGCGCAGAGCGGGAGCGCAUAUUGGAUUUCCUCGCGAGUGUGCGAUGCUGAGUCAACGCAUGUCGGAGUCUGUAAACAUUGCCCGCACUUUCCGCGAAGGCUGCCACGGUGAGACGGCAGCACACAUGUGUUCACUCGACGCCAUCUCGCAGGAAAUUGCGCCGCUGCUACUGCGUUCCUUACUUGAUUUAUCGCUGCGUGUUCCCGCCCACUCUUUUGCGUCCCUGUCUGCACUGAACCUGCAGGAUCAACAGCUGCUGCUUGCAUCCGUUGCGCGCCAUGCAGAGUACGGCAUCACGUACGCACGUCUGUCAAGAGCUCGGAAUGAAAGCAACGAGGCGGAUGACCCGGUGGAGGAGCACUGGGAGCUGACGCCGCCCAUUCAUCGUCUUGGGUGCGUUCUUCGCGAGGCUGCGAGCUCAACUCCCCUUGCACGGCGAGGCACUCUGGCAGCGCCAGCGCCACAAACGACUGCUUCUGCCUCGCUGCGGCCUGCAGCGUCGAUUAUGGUGCUGCGGGUGACAGAGGAGCUGAAACAGCUGAUGGUGGGGGAAAUACAGCGCUUCGUCAUCCAACGGAAUGCGGCAAACACGGCGAGAAAAACCACCAACACGAACCAGCCGCCCCAAGCGGUGAGGAAGGCGGUGACUGUGUUGACCGCGGGGCAUAUAGGUGGGCGGGAGAAGAGGAAUAAGGUGGAAGAGGAAGAGGAGGAGGAGGAAAAGGAAAUGAUGGCAUCUGUCAAGAAGGCAAUGAAGACAAGUCACACUGCCGCCUCCACACCACCGGGGGUGCCGGAGGCGGCAUCCGCCCCAAAGUCCCGACCGCCAACUGGAAAAAGAGACUUUUUCGGUCGUCUUAUUCCCGAAGUUGCGGCGAAGUUGUCACCGUCAACAACAUGCAAGAAGCCAACAGCGGCGGCGACAACCAACGUGACCGUGCAGUACAUCUACCACGACGGCUCCACCAACGCCGUUCGGAUUCCUGCUGUAUUCGAGGACUUUUAG